AUGAGAGCAGCUGAAAAACAAGCAUCCUACUUACCACUCACGGGGGUGUUCCUGCGCUUCGGCUGCAGCCCUGAAAGCUCAGCUUUACCACCGAGAGAGCGGCUCAGCCCUGCUGGCGUUCAGGUUUCUGACUCCGCUGUGAGGCCUGGCGUAGCUGAUGCCGUUGUGCUGGCGCCUCAGCCAGAGCAACAAACAACAAAUACUGUAGAGGAGCCACUUGAUCUCAUCAGACUCAGUCUAGAUGAGCGAAUCUAUGUUAAAAUGAGGAAUGACAGGGAACUUAGAGGCAGACUACAUGCAUAUGAUCAGCACCUAAAUAUGAUUUUGGGUGAUGUUGAAGAAACUGUAACAACAAUAGAGAUUGAUGAAGAAACCUAUGAAGAGAUUUAUAAAUCUACCAAAAGGAAUAUUCCGAUGCUCUUUGUCAGAGGUGACGGCGUUGUGCUUGUAGCUCCCCCGUUGAGGGUUGGCUGAAGCAACAAAGGAUUUAACCUUGUUGGAAGGUUUCAGGCUUUUGGACAAUGGUUCCUGUUUCGAUCACGCAUCUUGAAAUUUUGUGUGCAUUUUUAUAGGAUGUUUUUGUCUGUUCUUUUGGGAAGGGGAGGGAAGGGCAGGGGAGGGGAGCCAAUUUGUCUUACUGAAAGUACAUGUAAUCAGUUGAAGUGGUGUAAAACAACCUGAUUUUCCCAGAAUUAAUGUAACUGCUCUAAGUCGGGCGUCUGUCACAUCAGUAAAAGAAUCUUUCAGUUUUGCGAUCUUGGCAAUUGCAGUGUCUUAAAUUUUUUGUUUUAAAUAAAUUUGGUUUAUCUUUCAGA